CAUGAAGUGCAGAGUGUGAAGUGUAAACACACCCCUUAUCCUAUCGAUCGAACUUGGCUUCAACUUACCAUAUACUUGUUCCUUCCUUCCAGUUCCAUUAUUCUUUUGAUUUUGUUGAGACACUCUUCGCGUUCUGUUUAGAAAUGGCAUCAGAAUUGCCAAAUUGUUUGAGUUCUUCGACCGGUAUAGAUGCACUUGACGAAUUAGACGCCACAGAAAUCGACGAAUCCCUUCUGAGAGACUUACUAGAAGAACUAGAGGAGGAUGAAGAAGUCAAAAAUGACCAAAACAGUUGUAGUACUUGUGCAGUUCAACCUACAGAAGCUACCGCUAUGGAAACCGUGCAUCCGGGGAUGCUCGGUUGCGAUGAGUUCUCGGAGCAAAUAACCAGGUCCCACGUGCACGACUCUUUGUGGCUCGAUAUCAUGGAAAUGGAUCCACCAUCACCAAUGAUAAUGAAUGAGAUGAUGACGACGAUGUGGUAUGGAGAGUCAUGUGUGGAGGAGGGGAUAGGUGGAGGAAUGGUUGAUUUUGGGGGGAAUGGAUCAGAGGAGUCUCAUCUCUAUCAUCAUGGAGCUUUAUCCAUCGAUAAUUAUGAAACUCCUUAUGGCUUCUUGUGGCAGCAUGACAACUUCCCUACAGCCAAACUACUAUAUGGUCCUGACUGCGCAACUCAAACCUCCAGAGGAGCUAGUGCAGCCAUGGCCCCCACAUGCAUACUGCUGGGUACUCAUCUGAUGGAGAAUUAAACUCUAGACCUUGAGGAGUACUUCCAAAGCCUGAAUAUCUGCCCGGGGCAACCCAUAUGUGUGCUGAUUGAUGAUGAAAAAACAAAAUGAUUUCCUGCUUAAUAAAUUAUGAAAAGUCUAAAGAUACGAGUAUGACUUAUUUACGAA